AUGCCUCAGCAUGGCGUUCUCGGUGGACCAGAUUUCAGAGGUAGUGAAUCAAUUCUCAGAAGACGAAAAAGUAUAACAGAAGAAUAUCCACGGCCGCCAAUAUUUGGAGGACAUGAUUUAUUGCUUGAUCCACUUUUCGCUGUCCAAGCAAUUCAAAUUGGCAACCAUCCUACGAGUCCUAUAUACAAUGUUCGUCAAGUUCUGGAAGCUAAUCCGGAAGCGAGUCCCUCAUUAUAUACUGAAAUGUUGGAGCUUGAAUCAUCUGAUGAUGGUGGCUUGCAUUGGAAUCAAGUUGCUCGAUGGAUCAAAUACGAACAGUCCGUUGAAGGAGAUGGAACAAGAUUCUCAAAGCCUCACAUAACCUUAAUUUCAAUGCUUGGUUUAUUGCAACUGCGAAACUGUCUUAGAAGAGGAAUCGUUCUUGUAGAUUGCGAAGCGAACAAUUUUGAUGAUAUUGCUGAUACGAUAUGUUAUGCAUGGAUUGAAAGAAGUUUUAUAACCGACGACAAUUCACUAAUGAUAAAAGAAAUUUUGAAAUCUCCAAAGUACCAUUUGAUUGGCAAACGCCUUCGUCCAGCAUAUGAAAAAAGAGAGAUGAAGAAAUUGGCGGCAGAUGCUGAAUCUGCAGUUAUUCUAAUUGGUCAAGUCAAUAUCUUAGAGAAGCCCAUUUCAGCAUUCAUACGUCUUCGUAAAGCCAAAAUAAUGUAUCCUGAUGUACCGAAUAUUCCUGUUCCAAUUAAAUUCGUCUUUGUCUUAUUAAAUACAAGGGAUCAUUAUUUGAAUGAAACGAAAGGUAUUGGAAGAGCGAUGGGUGCUCUUUUCUCCGAUGAGAUAUUUAAAAGAAUAGCCACGCAUUCAUAUGAACCGUAUACGAUAUCUGAUGCUGUCGAGGAGUUUUUCGCUGAGGUAAUCGCAAUGCCACCAGGUCAUUGCAGUACGGAAACACGUUGGGAGCCGAAAGAAAAUACCGAAGAAGGACGCUCUGUUGGCAUCAUUUAUGCGGCUUACGAUGAUGCUUUCGCUUCUAAAGAAACAGUAAUCGAAGAACCAUUUAUUUGCCAUAAUGAUAUAGUUCGUAGUGGUCGAUGCUUUGGUGGAUUUAUUGACGAUCUAAAGAGAAAAUUACCUUUCUUCUUAUCAGAUUUUACUGAUUUCUUCCGAGGUCGUUUAAGUCAAUCGCUAGCUGUAACACUAUUCUUAUUUUUUGCCAAUGUCACUUCAAUUAUUACAUUUGGAGCUGUUAUGGAGCGAGCUUUACAUCAUCAAAUUGCAGCUAUAGAAAAUAUAUUGUGUGGCGGUAUCAGUGGAAUUUUAUUUGGUUUAUUUUCGGGACAACCAUUGAAUAUUUUGUCAGCGACAGGACCAACCCUAGUUUUCGAAACUAUUUUAUACGACUUUUGCGUGACGAAUAAUUGGGAAUUUUUACCGUUCCGCUUUUGGGUUGGUGUAUGGACAAGUGCUAUUCUCGUUAUUUUAGUUGCAACUGAUAUGUCCGCCUUGGUAGGUCUCAUCACGAGAUUUACGGAAGAAGCAUUUGCAACCCUAAUUUCUAUUGUCUUCAUUAUUCAGUCGUUCCAAAAAUUAUUUGAAAUCAGUCGAGAAUCGCCUAUUACGAACGAUCCAGAGGCAGUUUUCGAUUCUCCUUGCAUUUGUUUUAUCGAUAAUGCUACAAAUAUAAAAGUUGGAAGUAAAAAAAGCGAUAUUACUCUUGCAGAAUGUAGCGAUCGUCAUGGCGAGGCUAUUGGCUUACAGUGUCAUUUCAAACCCGACGUUUACAUGUUCUCCAUGCUUUUGACUUUUGGCACAUUCACUUUGACUUAUGGAUUAAAUAUCUUCAGAAGAACAUCAUUCUUUAGCGCAAUAGUUAUUCGAAAUAGUGUAUCGGAUUUUGGAGUUUUCAUAGCAAUUGUCGUAAUGACGAGUCUAUCACAUUAUAUCGGGCUUGAUGUGCCGAUUCUUAAUAUCCCAAGCAACUUCAGACCAACUCUUAAUCGACAAUGGCUGAUAAAUCCGAUGCAAAUUACUGGAUGGUCUGUAGUUGCUGUAGCGAUUUUGCCAGCCAUAUUUUAUACGAUUCUUAUCGUAAUGGAUCAACAGAUUACUGCAGUUAUCAUUAACAGAAAAGACAAUAAACUUCGAAAAAGUUAUGGUUAUCACCUUGAUUUAUUUGUAAUUGCUGCACUUAUUGUCAUAUGUAGUGCUCUGGGCCUUCCAUUUUAUGUCGCUGCAACAGUUCUUUCUGUAAUGCACGUUGAUUCGUUACGCCUGCAAAGUGAUAUCUCAGCUCCGGGAGAAAAAGCGCAAUUUCUUGGAGUGAAAGAGCAGCGUUUAACAGCAAUAAUCGCUCAUGUUUUGAUUGGCCUUUCAGUUCUUUUAACUCCUUUAAUUAAACUGGUUCCUUUACCUGUUCUUAUCGGCGUUUUCCUUUAUAUGGGUGUGGUUUCUAUGCUUGGUUUGCAAUUUGUACAAAGAAUUUCCAUGUUAUUCAUGUCAACGAAGUAUCAGCCUGAUUAUACAUGGUUACGUAUGGUUCGAAUGAAACGUGUCCACUUAUUCACUUUUAUACAAAUUCUUAGUAUUGUUGCGUUAUUUGCAGUUAAAUAUUCCAAAUUAAUUUCGAUGAUGUUUCCGCUAAUGCUAGUGUUUAUGGUGAUAUUAAGAAUGUUCGUCUUAGAAAAGAUUUUUACGAAACAAGAAUUAAUUGCACUUGACGAUAUUGUCCCAACAUUUAGUUCGGUGGUUAGCCCGAAAAAAACCGCAAGAAAAGAUAAGCAUUCGACUAUAGUUAAUGAAGAAAUGGAAGCACUACAUCGAAUUGAAGGUGCAAUUAAAACCAAAACAAACCGACAAAAAUUAUAA